AUGACCGCAAACCCAGCAGCGAUCAAGUCUGUAACGCCCCCACCCGCGGCCGUCCCCCCACCAGACGCCACCCCCUCGCGCGAAGACGCCGCCCGCCUCGCCUUCGAGCGCGAGUACCUUACGCAGCAACACAAGUACGAAGCCCUCAGGUACCGAAUCUCGCUGGGACUCCUCGUCGCCUGUCCCGCGCUUGCGCUGAUCCCACCGAGGAAGCUCGACUGGUAUACAUUUGGGCUUGGGUCGGCGUGGCUGUACUGCUUGAGCGAGGUGACAGACGCGCAUGGGCGCAACAUGUGGCGCGGGUUCAGACGGCAUGAGGAUGUGGCGAAGAGUCUUGCGAGGAAGCCGGAGGUGGAUGGUGUCAAGGUGGGGGGCUGGAAGGGGGAGAAGAUCGUGAAGGAUAUGAGGAAGAGAGAGGAGGAGGCGGAUAGUGUGGGGAGUAUCAUCAUGGAGCAGAUAUGGGAUGUGUGGGAGCAGAGGGAUAGGGCGGAUAGGGAUAAGAAGACGGGGCCGGAGGUUAAUGUUAGGGAGGAGAUGCUGAAGAAGAUUGAGGACGAGAGGGACGUGAGGGACUCGGAUAGGAAGUAA